AUGUCGGCAUCGCUCGCGCCUGAAUGCAACGAGGUCAAAGAGAGAUAUGACAGCUGCUUUCUGAAGUGGUAUUCUGAGAAAUACAUUCGAGGGAACUCGUCCACUGACGAAUGCGAGCAAUUGUUCAAGCAGUAUAAGAGUUGUCUGACCAAAGCCCUCAAGGACAAGGGCAUCGACAGCAUGCUUUCCGAAGCCCGAGAAGGCACAACCGAGACAGAUGCAGAGCAUUUAAAGCGAUAG